UUGGUGGUGAUCGUUGUCGCGCUUCUGUUUCAAACUGCUGCUGCUGCUUUGUUAUUAUUAUUAUUAUUAUUAUUAUUAUUAUUUCGUUGUUGUUGCUGCUGUGGUGUUAAAGGUGGUGCGGAGGUGGUAGUGGAGACAGUGGUGGCUUUUUUUUCUGGGCUCUUGGAAGCCACUGUUUGCUUCAUUGUUCGUUUUGGUUCGCUCUCGCUGUUAUUUACCAAGCAAGAAAAGAUGAGACCAGACUACUUCGAGAUUGACUGGGAUGUACCAAUCGAUUUCAACUGGACUCUCGAUUACCAAGUAGAGGAAACCAAAGUUACAGUCAAUUUAGCCGAAGCUGUUGGGUCAUUCAUCUUGGCCGGAUGCGUAGUUCUUUUCAAUGGUUUGCUGUUACUAGCAAUUCUCUUGCAAUGCACCAAAACUAAAUUGACAACAAUACAAAUUCUAAUUGCCAACAAUGCCACGAUUGAUCUCCUGCAAGGUGUUCUAAUUAAUCCAUUUCACGGAUACCAAGCAUUCUCUGAAUGGAAGCUCUCACGAAUAUGGUGCGAGAUCUGGUCUACACUGGAACCAACAGUCUUCGUUGUUUCUGCACUGUGCCUCUUAUGUGUCAAUAUCGAUCGUCUAAUGUAUGUAUCAAACCCAGAGAAAUAUACUAAACAUUUGAAUGUCAACAUGGCAGUGGUUUUAACUGCAGCUCCUUGGAUUCUGGGAUUUUCUGUCAUCCCACCCCUUUACAUACUGGGAGAGGAUACUAGCUUUCUGAAACCACCAAAAGCACCGCUUUGUAUUCUUAUCCCCAAACAAGAAGUCAUCCGAACGAUUUUCACUUUGUGUUCAAUAAUUGGCACCGCAAUCCUAGUCAUAUUCUUAGUCAUUUUCUGUCUAGUUUCUCGCUCACAAGGAAUUCGAUCGUAUGGAUUAGUGAAGGACAUUGAUGGUAAUUCCAUACGAAACAAAAUAAUGGCUCUGUGUUCAGUGAAUGUCUUUUUUUUUAUAUUACGUUUUCCCUGGAUCUAUAGCCCACAUAUAAUCCAAGUAGUUUGUGAAAACAUAGAGUGUGACAAGCAUAAAUUAGAUGUUGCACAUGCUCUCCUUAUGUGGAUAUCACACUGUGGUUUUGCCAUUAACCCUUUGGCCUGGACUGUUGAUAGAGAUAUACGUAAUGCCUAUAGCAAUCUCUUUUUAUGCAAAGCAUGUUUUCAAACGCCAUCUGAAACGAGGCGUAAUGUGCGUCAAGCCAGAAAUUGCAAAAAUGAGCAUUCGAAUGCCGUUGGUUAUCGAUACAGUAAGUCGUUGCCGCUAGAUAUAGAAGCUAGUCCGACUAUUAACGGAGGGGUCGGACAUCUUAGAGCAGAGACAUAUGAAAUGACCAACUGAUUUAAACAACGGGACUUUCAUUAGGGAGAGAAUGGACGACGAGAUCUACAAAAGGGAAAGUGUGUGUGCAUGUGUGUGUGUGUGAGUGUGUGAAUACGUACGUACGUGUUCACGCGCUUGUGCGUGUAUUUAGUAUGGAAAAUAAUUGUAGAGAGAACGACAGAGUAUGAAAGGAAAGGAGAGAAUGAUAAGGAAUGAGAUGAUGUGAGCGUUCUGUGAAUGGGAAAUAUAUUUAGAACAGCAGAGAAAUUAGCAAGAGAGAUGAACGAGAAAGAUGUGUGAGAGAAAGAGGGGAGAGAAAUAAUAAAGGGAGGAAAUGAAUGAGAAGAUAAAAUAGAUAAUGGUGGAGGGGGUGGGUGAAGAGGCAGAGAUAUUCGCGAAGAGAUGAAUUAUGAAAUUAUUUCGUAUGUGAAUAGUUGCAGUUGCAUGAUGUCAUCUUAAUAUCGAUUUGAUGCAUGGUGCCUUGUAAUCUUUGAUCCCAACAGAGCGAUGAUGGUUCUCGCCAAAAUCUUAAUCCUCGACCUGUUUAGGAAACAAAAAAAGAAUAGUGGGAAGAGAAGAAGAAUGUUCCAUGUGUCGCUGACAAGAACUGCCAUUACUUUACACAAAAUAUUCCUUGGUUUAUCAUUAACAAUGUCCGAAAUUAUAGCGGUGUAACUGGCAGUCGCUAGUAGCCAUUUUCAGUAUAAUAUAAAUAUUUCAUCCAUACACAUACACAAACACAAACACAAGUAAACAC